AUGCCGCAGUUUUUUAAGGUUGAUGCCAACGACUGGGAGUUCAUGGAAGGAACAGAUCUCUCCGCGCCCAUCUUAGGUUUCGCCGAACCCCAUAAGUUCUUCCUGAUUCGAUUCAAGAGAAGUGACCCUAUAGUCGUGGAUGUGCGGGAGUGUCUCCUCAAAAAGGAUCCCCAAGCCGGCAAGACUAGAGCAACGAUCGAUUGGGAGGGCACGGCAAAGAAACUUGCCAAAGCUUUCGAGGGCAUCACGCAGAAGAAGGACACACCGUUGGGCCGAACAAGCGUCUUAGUCGAUGGAGUAUAUGUCAUACAAAAGCAUGCUAAGUUACCUGUGGCGCGAACUGGUGGUGUCAUUCGAUCAGCAAUUGCUUUACAAUCACAAGCAUUCAGAUACGCCGAUAUUCGUACAUUGUUCGACGAGCCAUCAGAACCUUCUACAGCAUCACAAACCUUGAAGAGGGGGCGAGAAACUACUGGUGAAGAUGAGGAUGAGACUGAGGAAGAAGAGACUGUUUCGGAGCCAGAGCAGGUGGUUACCCUGCAGAAAAAAAGACUAAGAAUUCGCAAAUCCAAACCCCAGGCCGGCCACGACGACGAAGAGAAUGACGAGUUGUACACUGCAUAG